AUGUACGCCUGUAUUCAAGUUCGACAGGAGGUCAUGUUGGUUACCGUUCCUCACGAUGUAGCUGACGGCUGCAUUGGUGUUUGGGGUAGGUACCCGCACACCUGUGUUCUGGCCCAGUUUGAGGCUGCUAGUCGUUGCGAGCCGAUCUCUGUCGCACUGGCAGUAGGCAUUUUGGUCAUCCAGCAGAAGGUUGGUCUUUCGGAGGUAUUCAGGCUUAUAAAGUACCACUGUGGAGCGCGCCUGGUCGGCUGGCAGUACUACGAUGCUCCUGUCAGCAUUCAGUGUCUUGAUGACGUCCUCUUUCGCCCUCGAGAUUGA